CUCUCUCACAAUCCCCACACUACCUCUGCAAAAAUUAGCUACCUUUAUCCAAUGGAACCUCUGCUACUCUUCUAUGGCAUUGCAGCAGCAGUUUCCGUCUAUGCCUUCUGGUUCCACCUCCUUGCACGGCAGCUUACUGGUCCAAAAGUUUGGCCCAUCGUCGGUAGCCUACCCUUUCUGUUUGUGAACCGGUGGAGAAUCCAUGAUUGGAUUGCUAGUAACCUCCGGAGUACAGGUGGAGCCUGCACCUACCAAACCUGUACAAUCUGUCUCCCUUUCUUGGCCCGCAAGCAAGGGUUUUAUACGGUCACUUGUCACCCUAAGAACAUCGAACACAUUCUUCGGACCCGGUUUGAUAACUACCCCAAGGGACCUCACUGGCAGGCGGCAUUUCAUGAUCUUUUGGGGCAGGGGAUUUUCAACAGCGACGGGGAGACAUGGCUGAUUCAGCGGAAGACGGCGGCGUUAGAGUUCACGACUCGGACUCUAAGACAAGCCAUGGCGCGGUGGGUGAACCGGACGAUCAAGAAUCGGUUGUGGUGUAUUUUGGAUAAAGCGGUAAAGGAAAACAGAGCGGUGGAUUUGCAGGAUUUGUUGCUCCGUUUAACUUUUGAUAACAUUUGUGGACUUACGUUUGGGAAAGACCCAGAAACGCUUUCACCGGAGUUACCGGAAAACCCGUUCGCCAUGGCUUUCGAUAUUGCCACGGAGAGGACUCUGUACCGGCUUCUUUACCCCGGGUUUCUAUGGAGGUUGGAGAAAUUUUUAGGGAUUGGAGCGGAAAGAAGACUGAAACAGUGUCUCGAAAUCGUCGAGAAAUACAUGAACGACGCUGUUGAGGCGCGCAAAGGAGAUCCAUCGGAUGACUUGCUCUCCCGUUUUAUGAAGAAAAGAGACGUUAGCGGUAAUCUGUUUGCUACCCCUGUUCUCCAACGAAUUGCUCUGAACUUUGUUCUCGCCGGCCGUGACACUUCAUCGGUGGCCCUGAGCUGGUUCUUCUGGCUCGUCAUGAACCAUCCGGAGGUGGAGCAGAAGAUCGUCGGUGAGAUUUCGAGAGUCCUCGGUGAAACACGCGGUAACGAUCGACAGAAAUGGCUUGAAGAACCUCUGGAUUUCGACGAAGCCGAUCGACUGGUGUAUCUCAAAGCAGCAUUAGCCGAAACUCUGCGUCUAUACCCAUCUGUCCCUGAAGACUUUAAGUACGUGGUUCAAGAUGAUGUUCUACCGGACGGUACGUUUGUCCCCGCCGGUUCAACGGUGACAUAUUCCAUAUACUCGGUGGGGAGAAUGAAGACUAUAUGGGGUGAGGAUUGCAUGGAGUUCCGACCAGAGAGGUGGUUGACACCGGAGGGGGACAAGUUUGAGGCACCAAAGGAUGGGUACAAGUUUGUUGCGUUCAAUGGUGGGCCGAGAACUUGUUUGGGGAAGGAUUUGGCUUACCUACAAAUGAAGUCCGUGGCAUCGGCCGUGCUGCUGCGUUACCGGCUGUCGUUGGCUGCCGGCCACCGUGUGGAGCAGAAGAUGUCCCUUACUCUGUUCAUGAAGAAAGGACUUCGUGUACACAUGCAUCCAAGAGCACUUCCAUAGAGAAAGUGGGAAGGGAAUGGUACUGCCAUUGAUGGAUUAAACAGAGGGGUACAUAAAAAAGUGCAUUUGAAUUGAUUUGAUUUGUUUUCCACAUUGAAUUUCUCAUACAUUGUUCGUUCACAUAUAUGUUUGUUUGAAUUUGUGUAUUUUCAUCUGAAUUUGGAAGGUAAAAUCAAUACAAAAGUGUAGU